AUGAGCGACUCGUCGAUCUUCCACGGUUCCUUGGGCUCCAGCGACGUGGAGAACAGCGCGAGCGUCUCCUCCGAAGAUUCGCUGCUGGAAGACGCGUCAUCGCGUGGAGACAGACGACGCGACGUCGCUAGCGCCGUCCGAUUCCGGCGACGACAUCGCCCUCGGAGGCUCAGCGCUGCCGAAGUCGCAGCGAUCAACGAGGCUGCGGCGGCGGCAGGAGAUACUGCUGGUCCGUUUCAACUUUUUUUUUUCGAUUUCUAGAAAAAAUAUUUUGCUGGUGCAUUUGAAGUAGCUUGGGAGAUGUUUAUAACGGUCUCGAGACGAAGAAACUUUGCUACGUCCUCGUAAAUCUAAAAAUGGAUUUUUAUAAUGCAGGAAGGUUUCAGUUGAAGGCACGAGUUCUGUAAGAAAAAAAAAAGUUCUUUGAAGAUAAAUUUUAUAGUUUUUCACAUACGAGGUGAAUAUUUGAAGUUUUGAAUAUAAUUUUCAAGGUUCAGAGGUUCAAAAAUUUCAAAAGUCAUUUUGGACUCAGCGACAUUUGUUUUUUUGGACUGCAAAAAAAUAGUUGAGAAAAAUAGAAGAGUCAUCGGAGUUCCUUUUCUACUACUUUGAAGAAGUGCGGCUCCUGUCAAAACGACUCUUCUGGUUUUUUUUUUACAUUUUCCGCAAAAUCCUGAACACUAAAAUCACUUUAAUGACGUUAAACUAUAAGACAACGUCAAAAAGAAAUUUCGAAUUGAAAACGGGAUGUUUCAGUGAUAUAUUCCGGUGUUCAUGAACCGCAGCUCGUAAAAUGAAGUUUAAAAAGUUUGGGACUGCCAAUUUUUUGCUGAAAAAAAGUUGGGACUGCCAUUUUGACCUUGAAAAUACAUCUAUCCUUAUACUUCAAUCGGACUCGGAAAACUCUGAUUUCUCUGCGUUUCAGUUCUUUGGGCUUUCUUUGACCUUGCCGAUGAGAUAAUUAAUGGAGCAGACAUGCCAAAGCUUUCGAAGAAAAAAACGAAAAAUAUUUACCGUGUAUAAAUAAAAAGUAAAUUUGUAUCCGUGAAUGAGAGAAAGAAACGAUGAUAUCGGCGCUCCCGAGUGUAACGAACGCUUGGAAAAUAGCCCGAAGCGGCAGGCCUUGCAAUUAAAGCGAGCCGCUGGAGUCGUCAAAAAAAAGGCCAGAAAAGAACAACAAAAGCCGCCAAAAAUGUUCUGCUCGUGAGAAAUUGCAAGGCUCUUCUGAACCUUUCCCCCUAUUGUUAUAAGUUAUAACCAUUGAAAGAUGCGUUUUUGUUUUUGGAUGGCUCUUUUGAAAAAGUUGGUGGCUAUAUUGAAAUUGGUUUUUUUUUGGCGUUUUUUUUUCUUAAGGUUGUUUAGAAUUUGAGCGUGUCUAAUAUAAAUUAGAACCUUGUGAUGGAUAUACUUUCGAAACUUUAUGGCAAUUUCAAUAAUGGAAAGUUGAUUUUUCUUCUCUUUGAAAUAAUCAAAUUGUGUGCUCUCCCUUCCCUUUGUAUUUGGGACAUCUGAACAGUUUUUCCGAAGCUUCUGAGAAUUUUUUGGAUAACGACAGUUCUCUAAAAAAAAAAAGUCUCAGGAUGGACUAUGAAUUAUAUAAAAUGAAUCCUCUUAAGAAGGCAAUUCCAUUCAAAACUCCAAAAUUAUCUGGAUUGGCAGAAAUUGUACUAGAUAAUACUUUUUGAGUGUCUCAUAUAAAACUUAUUAUUUUUAUAUAAAUGAUCAUACAAAAAUUCACUUCUCGGAGAUUUUACAAGAAAAAAAGAAUUUUUUUGAAGCGAUUAAACUUCAAAAAAAUUAGAAAUUUUUGCCGAAUAAGACUUACAAUUUUCAUUUUUGCACGUUGAGGAAUUUUUCUGGUCAAUUUUCAGAUAAUUGUGAAGUUCAUUUAAUAAUACCUCCCUCGUCAUAAUUCAUACAAAUUAGUUUUCAAAAAAUUAUUUGUCCACAAUUUUUCUGCUAAUCUCCACUCCUAUCUUAUCGAAUUUCAUACUACUUUCAAAGUUUUUUCUCUCCUUCUCUUUCUUCCUAAAUAAACAAGCGAAUUACUGCGUCUAGCCAUUUUUUUUCUCAAAAGCAUGGCAAAACAAUCGGCGCCGUCGACUAGCCAUACGAAUAAAAAAAAAACUGGACCCACGUAAAGAAUAUUUACUUGUCCGUUUCUUUCUAUCCUUCUUUUGUUUGGUUUGUUUCAAGUAUCUUUGUCCACGCGAUAUUGAAGGAAUUAUUGGUCUUUUUUUAAAAAGAAUUUUGAAGAAUCUUGUUAAAACUGGAUUGAGAAUCAAGUUUUUUGAAAUUUGAAAUCAGAAAAUUCUGUUCCGUCCCAAAUUUUUUUAAAGGUUAAAAAUGGGCAGUCUCAAAUCUUCAGACUGUUCAUAAUGACUAAUGAAAUAUAUUUUUUUAAAUUCCUUCUCAAAAAAAUGGAUACGAAAAAGUUUCCCUGGAGAGAAUACUUUUAAUUGCGCGAAAUGAGGACUAACCAUAAAAUCUUUUUUUCGAGUUUAUUCCUUGUCUUUUUAAAAUCUAUGCUUUUUACUACAAACCGAUAUGAGCUGUGGCUUUAUUUUCUCACCUAGUCAGUUGAAAAAAACAAAAAACUUCACUUGAUCUGAUUGUUUUUUGGGGAAGCGGGGAAGCACACAAAUCUUGUUUUCUUUGCGAUAUCCGACGCUGUGUCCGUUCCACAUUCGUAGGUUUUUUUUUCUGUUCUCUGUUGAAUUUAGGUUUUUUCACCUGAUUUGGGGUGUCUGACUGUUUUUAGUUUGAAAUUGCAGGCAAAAAAUCCGAUAUUAGGACCAUGAAAAUUUAGUAUCGCUCUUUAUUUUCGCAUCAUUAGCCUGAUGUCUUUAAAAUCUUGUCCAAAUCUUACAAAAGUAUUAGUCGAAAAUUUUCGCAGCCGAUUUUACAAUAAAAAUUAAGAGAAAAUAAGCACAGCUUUGCAAAUGAAAAAAUUUGAAACUUCUAAAAUUUUCAGAAAAUUUUUUUUUUAGGAAUUUCUUUGUUUUCUAGCAUCAUUUAUCAUAAAGACAGCUUGACAACGCUGAAAAUUUUUAAAAGUACAUUUUAAAAAUUGAACUCUUACCGUUAAAAAUUUAAUGUUCAAGUGCAUUUCAUGUCUUUUUUCUCCUUGUUGGAGCUGAUCAGAUAACAGAAUUUUCCCAUUUUUUUUUUCCGAAGAGAGCCAUUUGUAUCGGUGUCCGUUUGAAGGUGCGCCAUGGAAAUUUAGCCAAAAAAACGAACCAAGGGAAUAAAGUAUUUGAAAGUCCCUCGGCGGUCUCCUUUUGGGACUCGCCUCUUUCGCACUUUUUUUUUCUUCAUUCCAUAGUCCUUUUUUCUCUUCUUUUUCUCGCCUCCUCCAGGCCUUUGGGUGCAUUUUAAUCUGACGGGUUUUCGGCUGUUUCGUAUCGUGGCAAGGUUCUUUUUAAUCAAUUUUAGAACGGAAAUUGGUUUGGAGGCUAGUUUUUGUUGGCUAAAUGUGCUCUAAAAAUUCAAAAUUCUGCUUUAAACUUGAUUUGAUAGGAAGUAGGUCUGACGGAUCAAUUUUGGACUAUUUUAUUCCGUGAGUUUAACUAUUCGGCUUAUUUUUGUAGGUUACAUUUGCCCCGUUGGUAAAUUUUGAACUUUUGAUCAACUUGAUUUGAAGUCUCAGUUUGACAGGCUGAAGGAUCUCCUUGAAAACUUGUUCUUUUCCGUUUCUGACCUUUUUUUUUAAAGGCCCUGGUUAUAGGCUCAUUAUCCUGCUCAAAAUAGUUUUAGAAGGUUACUCGAUUUUUUAUCAGUUUUAGGAAGGAAAUAGGCUUCAAGAUUAAAACGAAAGCAUUUUUUAAAUAAUAAAUAUUUACUUCCAUAAUGUUCGUGGCUAUUUUUCAACAGAAAACAGAAAACCAAAAAUUUCGACACAAGCAAGAUUAAUGGAAGUCAUCUCCCUAUCUCAUUAAUUGCAAGGAAAUUAAGUCGAGGAGAGCGUGUGGGAGAUAAUUAGUUAAUUGAAUAGCCACUGGUGAGGAUCCAUUAUCCAUUAGGACGACUCUCAAGGUUUCAAGAUCGAAAAACCAGAAUUAUUUGAUUUCUCGAGAAGAACUUCGAAGAGACUAUAGCAAGACAAAUUUGAAUUUUGAUUUCCUCGGCUCGCCUUUUAGGGCUUUGAUUGCGCCAUGUCCUUUGUAAAUUAUAUUUAUUCAUCCGCCCUCUUUCUUGAUUGUAUUAUGCGGUUGGUUCAUUCGGCGGCUUUUGCCAUGGAAAAUUCUCUUUUUUCAGUUUCUUUGAUGAUUUUUUCGAGAAAUCAGCUUUUAGAUCUUGAAUUAAUUGAUAAAACAGUAAAAUGUGUAAAUUUGGCCUGAAAUAACAACAAGAAGAGGAUCCGAAAAAAAUUCAGAAGUUCGAAUUUUCCCCUAGGCCAUUUUUCUCAGUAUUCAAUGUUCUCUGAAUUUCUUGGGCUCUAUUCUUUUGAAGCAUAUUCGAACGACCUCAAAAAAAAGGCUGUGAUUGUUUUUGCCUUUUAAAAAUUGUUGGGAGAAAAUUUCUCUUGGAAAACCAAUCGAGAGGCUUUUCGGAAAGAGAAACUGCUUCGGCGGCGGCGAUACUUUGGAGGGUAAUCGCGCCCAUGGGGAAAAGCACUUUAUAUGUAGUUUUGGAGAGCUUUGUUUGUUGUACUAGUUUAGUUUAUAUUGGUUCUCAUAACUGCCUUUUUCGUGUCAUUUUUGUUCACCUUGAGGCGCUUUCAAGACAGUAUUCCACAAGUAAUUUCAAAAGCUUCCGAAAAUUGAAUGUUUACCAAAAUACUCCUUGAUUUAUCGGAUGAAGAUUUUGAAAGCUUUAACCUGUAUAAAUUUCGUUUUUGAGAAAAUCGUUUGAAACUUGAAGAACUAUGGGUUUAGUGCAUUAUCGAGGCGUAUAUUGUGUGGAAAAAAAGUUUCAAAAAAACCCCUGAAAAUUUAGUUUCAGGGCCUCAGGAGCCUAAAAUUAUUUUCUUUUUAUCAAAAACUUUCUUUGUGGUAGAAAAAAAUGCGAUCUUGUUAUUUUUUUCGGUGAAAAUUUCAAGUUUAUGGACUUAGUUAGGUUUGGAAAGGGUUUCAAAACAGAAAAACACUUUUUUUUUUUCAGCAGGUAAAUUUUUUGAUCAAAAAAAACCUAUUUAUUUACAAUUCAGAUUGAGAACUUUGCAAACGAGAAAAUCCACUUAUUGAAUUAACCCUUAAAAUAUUCACCUUUUUUCACAUUUUUUGCCAUUUUUGAAACUUUGUCUUUCUUUCCCGCUUCGGCGGCUUUCCAGUUGAAUUUUUGAGUUGAGUUUUGUUUCCAGUUGCAGGUUUUGUCGAAUUUUUGGCUUAAUAAUUUUAAAACGUUCCCCCUUCGCCUCUACAGUGUUGCUCAAUUACAAUAUUGAAAAUGAAGUUCAUUUUUCUGAGAAUUAAAAAAAUUUUGACCAAUUUUUUUGAACUGAAACGCUUUUUUUCGAAAAGAGGCUUAAAAUAGAGGAUUAUUUUUGAAGAUUAGUUGUUUGUUUCCGAAGUUUUUCGAGUUUUGCACGUCUAUUCUGUCUUUUUUGAAUAAUGAGACUUUAUUCACGGCUAUUUUUUUAACUAUUAGACGGUUGGUUGAUACUUUAUUUCGCUUUGAAGGAGAAUUAAGUUUAAAAGAAAUAGCAUUCAAUGUUUAGGAACAGAUGUUUGUAGUUUUAUGGCUCUAGGAGCGAUUGAGCCUCGUUUUAUUCCAAUUUGUCGGCUCAGUAGAAUUCCAUUGUCUGAUCACCAGGUGCUAAAAGCUUUUAUUUUAGUUUUGUAAUGAGAAAAAAAAAAUUUUAAUUCAAUGUCUUGUGAAGAAAAUCUCGAAAUUAAUAAAUAUACAAUUUUUUUUCCGCUGUUUUUCCCAUUUAUUUGACUGCAAAUGUUAAAAUUUUGAGCAAACAUCAAUAGAGGAGCACCUUUGAGUGCUUUUCAUUCUUUUUCUUUCCCCGAUAUUCUUAUCGCCAAAUCUCCUUCCUUUUGAAAAAAGGAUAAUAAGCUCCUCCCAGCGGAUUAGUGUCAGCAUUAUCGCGGUAAAAGUGUUUAAGCCUAUGCAUUCGGGAGAAAGAUAACGAUUUUUGAUCUUUUGCUCGGUUUCCGAGGUCGGAACGGUUUUUUGGCUUCGAAUAUCGUAAAAAUUGAAGACUUUAGCUCUUAUUUUGAGUAUUUCAAAUCAAUUCACAUUAUUUUAUUGGUAAUCUACAAACAAUUUCAUUCAGCGUCUUAUAGAAGAGCACAUGAAAAAUUAUUUUUAUUUAAAAAGGCUCUCAGCUCUCUAGAUUCUUCACUCGCUGGUCAGUUUUUAGUUUUCGAGUCGAUUCUCUAGCUUAGAAGUUUUAAAAAAUGCCAGAUUCUUUCGAACUCAUUUUCAAAACCUUUAGUCUUCAACCCGAAACAUAAGCGGUAACAAAAGAGAAAAUUGUGGCUUCUCGGUGGUGAGACCUUCCGUCAAUCAUUUUCGCCCUGACGGAGGUCCGAUCCUAUGGCACCCGGAUCUCUCUUCUCGGUGUUUGUGCCUGCGUUCCUAUAGAAUUCUUAUUAUAUUUUCACUUCUUUUUUUUGUAAUAGUCUUGUGUAAGGAAUAGUAGUGGCUUCAUUCAAAAACGAAACUUCAAAAAUAAAAAAAGUGUUUAUGAAGUAAAAAAUUGGCAGUCUCAAGUUUUUCAAGCUUAAAAAUGGCUGUCCCAAGUUUUUUUUUCCCCUCACUUCUCUGUGCCCCUUUCAUUCUAGAAGUUCUGGGGAUGGAGUAUAUCAAGUGAUAUAUUUUUUCUUCUUGUUAAGACGUGAUAAGUUAGGCGAUAAAAAUUACUUUGCAAACAAUUUCGGACAACUACCUCUGGUGAAGUCCAAAUAAGCACUUGAUCAAGUUGGAAAAAUGAUCUUAUGAUCCUUCUUCUCGUUCUUCUGUGCAUAGUAUACUCAGUUGGGCCUUGACGAGCUUGACGAGCUCAGUAUGUAGCGUAUUUUGAAGCUUGAGCUCGAAGACCGUUUUCUAGGUGGGAGCUUAGGAAUAACAGCGGCCACUUUGAGAGAAAACUUUACACAUAAUAUUUUGAAACAAAACAAGAAAUGCUCUGAAAGUCGUAAGAUCACCUUUCUCUUACGUAGUGGGAAAAAGAAAAAUAAAUUUGCUCUACUCGCACAUUUGUUUUCGAGCGCAUCUGUCACAUUCUUUAGAGCUUAAGCCGCUUCUUCGAGGAAAACCUAUACAUAAAGAUGUAGAGAUGAGAGAAGAGGAUAUUCUUCUUCGUUUCCGCGUUUUUGUCAUCACCCAUCGCAACGUGUUUUUUUUUCCUGGUCAAGGAGUUGUUUUUUUUUCUCUUUUGGUCAAAAUUUUGGAGCGAAAUUGCUUUGAUAUAAAAAUUUUCAUAUGAUGGAAACGCCACCUUGAAGCGUUUUUUUUUUCAUUGAAUAACAUUUCGAUUGAUCAGCAUUGUAGGCAACUUGAGAGGAGUCAAAUUGCGUUGUAAUGUUUAUCAGAUGAUUGGCGGGAUCGAUUUUUGCGCCCUUGUGUUAAGCAUUUUGUUUAUCCGAUUAUUGAAAUUUUGAGAAAAGGAGAAAUUUUUCCAGAAAGCUUUUGAGACGAUCUGAGUUUUUUUUUCGAACUUUCGGGAAAAUUUUUUUUAAGACCCGUCUCCGGAAGUUGAGCGUAGACCAGAUGGAAGAAUUUUUUUUUUGGAGGUCUCUUUGUGAGGUCAUGAAGGUCUCAUUUUACCUGGAGGUCCCGAUCAAAUUUGUGCUGUUUUCCUGAUUUUUUUUGAACCAGCUCAAUUUUUUUCUGACUGAGCUCGUGCUUUUCUUCUGAAACUUGGAAUUAUAAUUAAAACGAGGGGAUUAGUUCAAAUUUUAAAAAUUAUACUUGUAGAUGACACGGGUAUGUGCGGGCUAACGGAACUGGUACACGCCUGUCUGGCGAAAUCCUCCUCUUCGACGUCCAACGAUGAGAAUCACAUGGUUUAUGGGACGUUUCCCAUCAUUGCCGGAUCCCUCUGCAAUGGUAUCCGAAAAUCCAAAUAAAGAGAAUACAAAGGAAUCCAUACCUUGUGAAUUGGAGCAUUAUAUAACUUUUUAGAAGUAGAUUUUUUUGUUGAUUUCUGGAAAGUUUCAGCGAGUGCAAUGAGUCGUCUGUUGGCUGGAACGGCCAACAGCUCAACGCAGCCGUUCCUCCGUGGCAGUUUGUUCACUGGCGUUCCGCCGACCAUCCGGUUUUACACCAAGGGAACUAAGGUAGAAACUGGACCGAAACUAGAGCUUGAACUUAGAAAAAUAAUAUUGUACAUGGAAAAUGAGAAUUUUUUGAAAGCUGUAGAGAAAGAAGUUGUAUCCUUCAAUACGCCGUUGGAGGAAAACUGAAAAAAUAACGCUUCAAGUUUUUUAUAUGCUACAAACUGUAAAAGGGGAUAAGAAAACAAUUCGAUAGGGUGCCAAGUGAGAAAAGUUCUAGGAAAAGCCUAUGAAGCCAUUUUUUCAGAAGAAACGUUGAAUUAAUCCAUUUUUAAAAAGUUAAUAGACUGCGUGAAAACUAUAUUUACAAUAUCACCAUUUCCGUGGGGUUUUAAUUUUCCAAAAAAUUGUCCGAAACUUCUUGGAAGGUUUAUAAAAUGAUCUCUCCUGGCCGCUGUCUGAGGAAAAUUAUAUUUUUGGAGAAACGAACUUUCAAAGCUGUCUCGAUUUUGGCUAUGCUAAAGCGACUUUAAAGGGUUGUUUAACAGAUUUUUGGGUCAGGAGGGGUUGUGAAAGAUCUUAUCUGAAUCCUCAAAUAUUGAUCUAGCGAGUUUCAAAAAGUUCAAAAGUCACAAUGAGAUGCACUAUCCUAGCCACAAAGUACAAUAAUUUUUCAAUUUUGAAGGUCACGAAGCCAACGAGAAAAAUCACGUCGAGAUUGACAUGGUGCCACAACAGCUUGUUGCCCAUUGUCAUGCGCCAAACACUUGCCGCUAGCCAUUUCACGGUUUUUUAUAUUUGUAAAAUAGAUGAAAUAAUCUUCUUGCUCAGGUUGUUGACGAGACGUUGUUUCACAUUGGAUAUUGGGGCCGACACUUGAAGAGCAGCCAGUACAAGACCUUGAAACCGUACCAGAAGGUGAGUUUUCGAGGGAGAAAAUUCGGGAAUGCCAAGUUGAGUGUACGAAGUUUGAGACUGCCAAAUUGAAAAUCAACCUGGAAUUUUAAAUUUCGAGUAGUUAAUUUCGAUAAUUCUCAAAUUUCCUCUGUUUGGAACUAAUCCUCGUUUUAAAAUCCGCAAAAAUCUCUAAUUAAGACAACUUCAAAGCGUAAAAAAACAAAUUUCGGCUGUUAAAAAGACAAUAAUUAAUAUAUAGAAAAUCUAAAAUUCAUAAUUUUUUCUAGGUGAAUCACUUCCCUGGAGCAUUCCACAUUGGCCGCAAAGAUCGCCUUUGGAUGCACAUUUUGAAUCAACAGAAGAGGUAUGUUCUUCAAAGAAAACAAAAAAUGAUGAUUUCUCAGAUUCGGGGAAGAGUUUGACAUCAUGCCGUUCACGUAUCUUCUGCCAGAUGAGAGGGAUAAUUUGGUUAAUUACCUGGAAGAAGACGCGAAUCGACAUGUUAUAUUGAAACCGGUGAUUAGUUUUUGAAUACAGAAGUUUAGGUGAAUAAGAUUUUUCAAAAAGUUAUGUAGAGUAUUUAAAAAAAAAGAGGUUUGAAAUUUUCUCUAGUUGUGUCAUUCUCCAUUUCUCGGCUUAGUUUUGAAGCCCAAAAAUUAUUAUAAAAGGAAAAAAGAUUUUAAAGUCAGCAAGAAUUUAUGCAAUUCGAUUUUGAUUUCAUUGUUUUUCAGCCUGCCUCAGCUCGUGGAACUGGCAUUCAAGUUACUCGCAAGCAAAAGGAUUUCGCCCCUACGGCUCAACUCGUCGCUCAGCAGUUGGUUUUUAUAAUUUUAUCGUAUUAGCUUGGAUGUUUCAAACAAGUAGUAUACAUUUUCGGGACAGAAAUCGAUUCUUUGCCUUGGUUGGAAAGUAGCCACUGUAGAGGCUAGCCAAGCACUACUUGGAGAGGACACUAAAGUGGUCCCUAAAAUCAUCUCUAUAGUAGCCACUAUUUUCUGUUUUAGGGGUUACUAUAGAAGUUCUCUAUUUAAUGGCCACUUCAGUAGUUUUUCAUCCAGUAUUCCUACCAGUAACUCUGAUAAUUUUAAAACAAACAGAUUGGAAUAUGUUGAUCCAUUUACCCCAAAAAUGGCCCCUAAAAUGUUUAGUGGUCUAGUAGUAGCACUUAGACCUCUAUAGUGGCCACUAAUUUUCAACCACUUAACACGAUGUCUCUGUAAUUUUCAAAAAGUUUCAAAAGCAACGGGUACAAAAAAAAAUUUUAUUUCUUGAUUUUGAUGAAACUUUAUCCAGUGUGAUAACCCAUCAUCAGAAAUGCGGACGCAACUUUUUGAGCCAUUUCCUCUUACUGUAGCCGGAUUACGGUAGGCAGGUGGGCACCUGCGUAUCUAUGUAUUGAAGAGUUAUCACUAGGCAAUUGAUAUAUCAAUCGGUAGGUAAUCAAAUUUUAGGAACUUUUUUAGUACAUACCAUCUUGGGUUACUGUAGGAAUUUCGAGUUACGGUAAUUUUUGUGUUUGGAAAGUCGGUUUUUCGGUCACCCUGGUCGUGGGCAUAGAAUCGCAUCGUAAUUACUUAUAAGGAAUAUGUCUUGUAGUAUGUUCUAAACAAUGCCACAAAAAAAAGUUCGAAUUUCUAAACCCGUCAUCUCGAGAUUUCACUCCGAAUGCGCGCAACUUGGCACUUUGCGGCGAGGGUUGGUCGUGGUUGACGAUUUUUUUCACAUUUUUUUCUUCUGUUAGAUAUUGGUGUAAAACUUUUUUUCAGAUUAUAACUACAGUAUGUUUUUGUAACAUUCAAAAGGGGUUUGAAGAGACCUAUACGCUACAUAUUCGGCCGAAAGUUCGUUUUGAACUCUAUUUUGGCUUGAAAAAGCGCGAUUCGCUCUGAAAAGAUUGGUUUUUAAAAAUUUCCGACAAUCCCGCAGUUUCCAAAGCUCUUAAAUAUGUAACUGACAUCUUCUAGGUAACAAUUGAUAUAGUUUUGUUCAAUUUUUACCGAACCCGUCCAACCGAAAUUUAGCUUUGAACUUACUAUUAGCCUAAAAAAGCAAUAUUUGCUCUGAAAAAACCGAUUUUUGAAAAUUUCCAACUGUACCGCUGUUUCCAAAGCUAUCAAAUAUGUAGCUGACAUCUUCCAGGUAAACAUUUAUGAGACUUUGCUUGACUUUUAUCGAACCCGUCUGGCCUAAACUUGCUUUUUAACCUUAUUUUGGCUUCGCCGGUGGGUCUGAGGCUGGAUUUUUGAGCUUCGUAGCACCAGUUUUUUGAGAAUGUUUCGCACUUUUUUUCAAGUUGAACAAUUGGAAAGAUAGUUGUAUAAAUGAAUGAUCAUUUUUCAGAAAAAAGAGGUACAAUCGCUAGAAAAAGGUUUUUAUUUAUGAAGUUGAGAUAAAAUCGUAAUUCGAAGCUUUUGAUGGAUCUUUUUUUAAAACUUAUUCUUUAGUCCUUGGAUUAUAAUUCUGAAUGUACAUUUUUUCGGCUAUUUUAUGAAUUUUUUGUCCAUUUUUCCGGUAAAAUAAAUGUUAAAUCACUUAAAAAAAUCCUGCAGUCGUCAAAAAAACAGCAAGUAAAAAAACAGAACUAGAAUCAGAAACAAAAAAAUAGAACAAUAAUAAAUCCUGAAAACCGUUAACUAGAAUUAAUAUUUUGCCUCUGGCGAAUGUUAACGGUGGAGCGCAACAGUGCCUCAAUAUUCUGCCAACGAUGGCGAAACUCUCGCAGCUGAAUUUCUGUUCAACUUUUUUUUUUGCAUGAAAACGUUACUUCUUGCGAUGUACGGGUGAGAAAAAGAAGCUCAAAAAUCCAGCCUCAGACCCACCGGCGAAGCCAAAAUAAGGUUAAAAAGCAAGUUUAGGCCAGACGGGUUCGAUAAAAGUCAAGCAAAGUCUCAUAAAUGUUUACCUGGAAGAUGUCAGCUACAUAUUUGAUAGCUUUGGAAACAGCGGUACAGUUGGAAAUUUUCAAAAAUCGGUUUUUUCAGAGCAAAUAUUGCUUUUUUAGGCUAAUAGUAAGUUCAAAGCUAAAUUUCGGUUGGACGGGUUCGGUAAAAAUUGAACAAAACUAUAUCAAUUGUUACCUAGAAGAUGUCAGUUACAUAUUUAAGAGCUUUGGAAACUGCGGGAUUGUCGGAAAUUUUUAAAAACCAAUCUUUUCAGAGCGAAUCGCGCUUUUUCAAGCCAAAAUAGAGUUCAAAACGAACUUUCGGCCGAAUAUGUAGCGUAUAGGUCUCUUCAAACCCCUUUGAAUGUUACAAAACAUACUGUAGUUAUAAUCUGAAAAAGUUUUACACCAAUAUCUAACAGAAGAAAAAUGUGAAAAAUCGUCAACCACGACCAACCCUCGCCGCAAAGUGCCAAGUUGCGCGCAUUCGGAGUGAAAUCUCGAGAUGACGGGUUUAGAAAUUCGAACUUUUUUUUGUGGCAUUGUUUAGAACAUACUACAAGACGUAUUCCUUAUAAGUAAUUACGAUGCGAUUCUAUGCCCACGACCAGGGUGACCGAAAAACCGACUUUCCAAACACAAAAAUUACCUUAACUCGAAAUUCCUACAGUAACCCAAGAUGGUAUGUACUAAAAAAGUUCCUAAAAUUUGAUUACCUAUCGAUUGAUAUAUCAAUUGCCUAGUAAUAACUCUUCAAUACUUAGAUACGCAGGUGCCCACCUGCCUACCGUAAUCCGGCUACAGUAAGAGGAAAUGGCUCAAAAAGUUGCGUCCGCAUUUCUGAUGAUGGGUUAUCAGCACUGGAUGAAGUUUCAUCAAAAUCAAAAAAUAUUUUUUUUUAUUGUACCCGUUGUUUUUGAGAAUAACGGAGACAGCGUGUUAAGUGGCCACUAAUUUGACUACUAUGGUGGCCACUAAAAUUUUUCUUAGUGUUUUCAUGAAUCUCUCAUCUCGUUGUGAACCGGAUUUAUCUGAAAAAACAAAAAUUAAAAAUUCACAGCUAUUAGAAUAAAGGUUGAUUUGAUUUUUUAGUUACAUUGACCGGCCGCUGACGAUCAACAAUGCCAAGUUCGAUCUUCGGUUAUACGCCUACGUUCCAACUUUGGAGCCCUUAAGAGUAUACCUCUACGACCAGGGACUCGUCAGAUUUGCCAGUUUACCGUAUGUUUCAUUUUUUAGAAAAAGAAAAUGUUACCGACAAAAAAUGACAAAAAGCGACCGAGAUGAAUAUAAUAAAUGUAGUUGGAGCAUACCACAGUUUGAAGAAAAAAAAUACGAGCAUAAGAAGGAAAAUUUUGGAAUCUUUAUGAAGGAAAUGAAGAAGUCAGUGUAAUUUUAAAGACGGGUCAACUGAAUAUUCGGCUUCAGAACCACUUGAAAAAGAACAGGUUCAAAAAAACUUUUUCGAAAAGUUAAGAGCCUUACCCGGGAACGUCUGAAAAAUACGCAAUUUAUCUCAAAAAGCGCUAUUUCGGGCUUUUGUCCUAACUCGAAAACGAGAUCUAUUGCUAGACAUUUUUCAAUAAAAAACCUUUUCCAGUUAGCAAAACUGGCGAUUUUCAUGUUCCAGAUAUUCGAAAUGCCUCUCGACACUCUCCAACAAGUACAUGCACCUCACCAACUACAGCAUCAACAAGAAGGCCGAGGAGGACGGCGUCGCUGAUCAGCCUGUGCCCAAGUGGACCCUCACUCAUUUGUGGCAGUACUUUGAGAACCGGGUGAGAAAGUUGGAAAUUGAGUUUUCGAAAAGUGAAAAGUCCAUCUUAACUUUAAAUUUGAUAUAACCAGGGGAUCUGGCUUGCUUUUUUUCAGGCUUUUUUUCAGGUUGAGGCUUUUCUUCUGAAAAAAUAAAAAGUUAAUUUUUGCAGAUCUUCUUUCAACAUUCAUGAAGAUUUUUAGGGAGAAAAAUCGGAGGUGAUCCGGGAAAAGAUCGAAAACACCAUCAUCAAGGCCUUUAUCGCAUGCGAGAAGCCGGUUCGGGAACAUAUGGCUCGAUAUGUUCAGCAUGGGUUCGUUUGAUUUUUUUUUUCACUGUCAAAAUGUCAUAACCCCUUUGAUUGGGUCGCGACGGGGAUCGAACUUGUGAACCCUUUUGAUCGUAAACGGGCAUGCUACCUGUUGCGCCACUACGCGCCCUAUAAGAAGUCAUGAUUUAAAUGAUAAAAUUUUGAUUUCAGUUUCAUCUGCCACGAACUUUUUGGAAUCGAUAUCCUGCUCGAUGAGGACCUGAAACCAUGGCUUUUUGGAGGUGAAUACGAUAUUAUUUCCAUUAUGAAAGUCUAAAAUUAUUAAUAAACGUGAAAUCUUUCUUCAAUGAUAUUAGUGAAACUUCUUGUUUCAGGUCAACAUUUCCCCGUCGUUGCAUUCUGGAACUCCACUUGAUAUUUCCGUGAAAGCUCCUCUGGCCAAAGACGUCUUGAACAUGGCUGGAAUCUAUGUUCCUCCUGAGUUGGUUUUAGUGAAGAAAAUUUUUCUGAACAUUUCUUUUCAAUAAUGUGUUUUCAAAUUAUACGUGGGUAUGUAAAUAAUUCAAUAGACCCGUAAGAAGGAGGGAACAAAAAUCAAAGUUUAGCCUCCAGGAGGUUAAGUUGACAAGAUAAAAAAAUAUAAGUUUAGUCUCUAAUAGGUUAAAUUGAGAAGAUAAAAAUUAAUUUUUUUAACUUCCAGGAGGUGAAAUUGAGAUGACAAAAAGUCAAUCAACCUCCAGGAAGAUUUUUUUGUUUCAAGUUUUGUUCAAAACAAUACAUUUCAAGCCUUUUCGAAGCUUCGCGCUGUCCCAAUUCGAUUUUUUUCUGAGAUUGUUGAAAUCAUUUACAUUAAUGAACUUUAAACAUGAAAAAAAUUCACGAAUAAAAUAGAAAAAUCAACUUUUCAGUACUGUAAAAGCCUAUUAUUUCAAGCAAUUUUGCUUUACCAGCUUUCUUCAUAUUUAACUUCUGUUAAUCUUUGUUUUAAAAUUUAUAUUCAUUAAAUAUUUUUGCAGAGCGGACGAUAUGGACACGGCUGACUACAGCACGAGGCCGAGAAAUGGUCCGAAAGGACGGGAACAGGUUAAUAAAAUCGUAGGAAUUUUAGAGAAUAUUUUUAAUUAUUGAUCUCUAACUUGUUAAAACGAAAAAUUGAGAAAUUUUUUUUUAUAAUAUGAAAUCCAAGCUUUAAAGGAUCGUAUCUUGAAUUUUCAAAAUUUUACGGAUCGUAUUUAUAUUUCAAGAAAUAUUUACAGAUAAUCAAGGAAGCUUCUUGGGUGGAAGCCUAUCGCGAUGAGUUGGGCGAACUGAAUCCGAAGAUUUUGAAACGUUUGACCGCUGAGGAUACCCGAAUGCUUGUUGAGUUUGAAGGUUUCCGCUGUCCGAGAAAGUUUGGAAAAAUGAUAAUUUUAGACGAGUUGAAACGUUGCGGGGACUUCAAGCUGAUCUUCCCGACCGCCCAUACACAACCCAUGUUGAGGUACGGGAGUUAGGAAAACAAAAUUUCUUAAUUUGAAAACAUAUGGGCUCAGAAUCUUCCUGGUGAAUUUUGAAUGUCAGUAUUUCGGUAUUUGUUGAAAAUAGUAAAGUUCUAACCUCUCUUGAAGCUUCAGGAGGUUAAAGAACCUCGCAAAAACUAUUAUUGAUAUCAUUUUUUUAAAGGAGCUUAGUCAUAAUAAAUAUAGGUCUCGAGGUGGAAAACUAUUCUAACGAGCUUCUAAAAACUCCAAUGAGGACUUUCGAACAGGAUGAAUUUUUUUAUGAUGCCGAAAAAAGUUCUGAACAAUUUGUGCAAUUGAAACGCUCCAGAGCGAAAAUUAUAUUGGAAAAGAGCAUUUCUGCAGCGUUUUCUGAUCAGAAUCAAGAAUUUUUGUUCAAGAAGUUCAUAUUUUCAAUUUUCAACUUUUGAAGCUUGUUGUCUCCUUCGUUUUCAAAUUAGUGCAGAAAUUUUUGACCAGUGAAGAAUUUUUUUGAUACGCAGUGAAAGACGUUUGACACAGCUUUUCGAUGUUCAGCUUCAGAAAUUCGAAUUUUAUUGAUCUCUAAUCGAAAACUUUUUUUAUUUUCUCAUUUCAGAUACUUUGCUGAGCCCCUCUACGCCAACCUGCUGCUCCAACAGUGGCAAAUCGAGCAGGAGCCCGACCGAGAAGUCGGAAUCAGUCGAUUGGAGCGACUUUGUCGCCAGGGACACCUCCGCCAGCAAAUGUCUCCAAGAAUUUGAUGUCUUUUUUCCAUUCUUCAUGUUAAUUCUCAAUAUUACUUUCCUUGACAUUCAGCUCACCUCUUCUUCUUUUUUCUCCCAUCGGGUUCCAUUUGACUGGGUAAUUUCAGUUUAUUCGUCUCUAGAGAUUCCUUACAAUAACAGAAAACUCAGUGAUGAAUAGAGUAAGAUCCUGUUGCCUUGCCCUUAAAACAAAAAAUCAAAAUUGUUCUUUCUCACCUGAUCUUAAUUGCCAAGUUUUGUACAGCUUUUCUUAAAGAAUUUUCCACUUGCCUUAUCAUUUUUCGACAUUGCCGUGUUAAGUAGGAGAUGAGAAAAACAGCCGCGACCGCGUUUUCCAGAAAUAACUGAAACAUUUUGAGAAAAAAAGAGCCGCGCCUCGAUUUCCACAUUUUGAAACAAUGAUUUUCUCUCAAUUUUAGGUUUUUCAAUUCAUGCCUCGAUUGUUAAUUUUCUGCAAUAAUUGAUUGAAAAUCAGUGGAACCCAUGCUAAAAGUGCCAUUUUUCUGCUUUUUUUCUUUUGAUUUCAAGCCUUUCUAUGCCUUAAUUUCGUUUCACUUGCAUUAUUAUACAACUAUAAGAUUGAUUAUUUCUGAUUACGAUUCAUAUAAUGGACAAUUUAGGAGAUAAAAUUUCUUCUUUUUUUAGUGUUCAUUUGAAUUUUUGAAGCACUUGGUUAAGAAUUCACAUUUGAAUUGUACUUGGAAAGAUGAGAAUUUUUAGAGAAAUCGAAGAAAAAAAUCCAAGUUUUUUUGAUGCUACGACGACAUUUGACGCUGAGAAACGCUCGACUUUUUGCGGUUUUUAUUCGCAGGCGGUUCGUUUUUUUUUUUAAUUUUAAUAUUAAAGUUUUGAAUUUUUCAUACAAUUAUAGCUUUCAGAAUGAAAUCUUAUUUUCACCUAGUAGUUCAAAAAAUUAAAUUUCAGAACCUCGAAGUUUGCUCUUGGAGAAAUGAUAAUAUAGCUGAUUCACGGCUAGCUUGAAACGCUAAGAAGGCGUGGCCUGUCUGCGCUCUCCACGAACCAGGCGCUAUCUCGUGCAUUAUCGUGUCAGGACCCUUUUUUCGAUGGCUCAAGCCAGCCGUGAAUCAGCUAUAAUAGAAGUGCAGAAAACAAGAUUCCCAGUUCAAAAGCCCAUCGACAAGGCAGCUCGGUUCUCAAAAAAAUGUCCGAUAGCAUCUCGCGGAUGGGCUGGUGAACAUGAGGCUUUAAAAUAUUCAGAAUAAAUAAAUUUUUUUCGUAAUACAGCUUCAGAAUAGCCAAAAGUAAUUCUUCUGAUUCAAUUUCCGGGGUUUAUAUAGUACCAACCGUGAAAUAUGAUACUUCUGAACAGUGACGAGAAAUAAAUAAAUAAAUGAGAGGCCUACCUGUUAGUUUGGAUGUUUUGUAAACUAUUGUUGGUUGAGGUCAGGUGCGAUUCAUUAGUGAAGAAACGGUGACAGUAAAAAAUUAGACAAACUGUGAAAAAAUUUAUUAUUAUUCGUUAAUCAACCGUUGGAAAUUAGUUCGGAAAAUCGAAGAAAUUUUUCAAAAAAAGUUUUUUCAAUUUUUUUUUUUUGGUGGAAUUCGGCAGUCCCAAGUCCCAACUAUUUUGAGCCCAAAUUUGGAAGUCCCAAUUUUUGAAGCGUUUGAAUAUUCUUACUGGUUUGCUUGAAAACGAUGAAGUUUUAAAUUGCCUGAAAAAAUCUUAGGAAUAGCUCUUUUUUUGAGACCUUUAUAAGCUUUGAAACUUCUCCAAAUACUGAAAAAAAACGUUUAGUAUUAUUUUUAACAGUUUUUCAGAUUAAAAAGUCGCAUUUUUCCCAUUGAAAAAUGUCAUGGAGAAAGCCUAGAUCGGUCUAUUUCAUUGAGAGAUCACUGAAGAAACUUAAUAAAAAAUUUUUUUUGAAAUUUUUUUAAACUUUGAAAGUAAAAAAAGCAAAAUGUUAUCAAUAUGGAGUCAAAAAAUCCCUGUAAGGAAGCUGAAUAAUCGAAAAAAAAAUUUUUUUCGAUUUUUUUAAAAAUUUUACACGUUAAAUGUAAAAAAAUAUUAACAAUAUAAAGUCAAAAAAAUACUUUUUAUGGUAGCUAAAGAAUCGGAAUAAGGUAAAAAUUCGACACAUUCCAGAUAUUUUUCAAAAUUCCAGCCUCCUGAACCUAAAAACGUCGAGGAAAUCACACAAGCUCUGCUCCGAGAGCCGCCUUCAAGGCUCCCCGGAGCAAUUAUCCGGCUGGCGAAUGGUUUGAAGUUUCGAAUGCAGAAAGAUGGAUUGGAUCCCGGCUUCAAAUCUGUGAGGUUUUCACAGAGAUUAAUCAAAAAGAAAUUUGAAAAUUGUAGGAAAUCGUGUUUUAAAUUUUUUCUUCUGGCUUUGGCUGAAAUUGCGAGUAAAUUUCAUUUUUUUUAUUAUGUUAAUGUUUCAAAAGGAACAGAGAUAAUUGGAAAUUAAUAAAUACUUAUAAAGCUCAUUUGCAGUUUAUUAAUUGAUUUAUCAAUAUUGAAAAUCGUACGAUCGAACAGUUUUUUUUUUGAAGAACUUUUCAUUUUUUUGUUUAAUUUAUAACUUAGAUUUUUGUUUCUAACUUAAAAGAUGUGAUAAAUACGUUUAGAGUAAAGUGUUAAAUGAUUAACUUUUUCAUUCUUUCAGCUACUUGACAAAUCUUCCGCUCAACUUUAUCACCACUGUGCGGACAAUUAUGAUUUCCCAAAGUUGUGUGAAGGUUUGGAUUUUCUUGAAUUUAUAGGAAGUAUAAAAAUUUUUUAAAGUUUGCCAUGUACUUUUCUUGAUAUUUUGAGCUAUUCUAUGAUUUUUCGCAUAAAGUUCUUGGAAAUUUUCAGCAUUCGGCCUUCCCGAUUACAUGUCUUCUUGGUACAAACUGACACUAAUGCAUAUUUGGUGAGAAUUUUUUUCUAAAUAUUAAAUUUUAGAUUCUUUUUUUGAGAGAAGACUAGAAAAACUCAUAUUAAUAAUUUUUGAGUGUUGAAGUUAGCUCCUUAAUGUUUCUUUCUACUUGAAACAGUCUGAGCUCUCUUUUUCUCUUUCCCUUGUCAUUGAGUUUUACGACGAGUUUAAAAAUUGAAAAGGUAAAGAAGUCGGACUGCUUUGAGUUGUGACGAGCGAGCUUCAUUGAUGCUAAAAACCGGCAGUCUCAAGUUUUUUCGAAAAAAAAUUUGGCAGUCCCAAACUCAGUUGAGUUAGUAAUUGGCAGUCCCAAAUUCCAUUGAGCGAAAAAUUGGCAGUCCCAAGUUUUUUCGAAUUGAAAUUUGGCAGUCCCAGAAAACUUUUGACGGACGAGUGUAGGAAAUAAGAAAUUUCACGUUUGAUGAUAUCGCGAUAAUUUUUAUGGAUAUUGAAAGAUCAAAAAAAUGUUCCAGGAUGGCCUUGAUGAGCCUCCAUAACCGAUUGGAGGGUCAAGCUUAUUUGAGGCUUCAACGAGGAAUGUUAUCCAGCAUGUGGUUGGAUGUCGACAGUCGGCUGGCUAUUAUUGGUGUGAGUUAUGGUAUUUGAACCAUUAGCGAGAGAUUUUGAAUUAAAAUUCUAAUUUCAAAGCGUUCUACGUGAGAAAAUUCUCAUUUUUGACUUUCAGCAAGAAGAAAAUCAAGUUUUGACCUCUCAAAGUGAUAUGAAAAAGAUGCAUGGAUUGCAUUUGCAGACGUUUUUUGAAUAUGAUGAGGUUUUUUCAUAGCUAUCGCUUUUUUUCUGAAGUUCAAACUUAAGGGUUUUUUGAAAGACGACAAAACGUUGGCCGGCGCCGUCUGGCGGUGUCUUUACAUGCAAAGAGAGGCCGACCCGAUCCAUAUCCUCCGAGUUGUUCAUUAUUUGAGAGCUACAGUAUGCCCCCUACUGUACUUUCGAAAAUUAGUUCAAUCUUUUUGAAGGUUGCUUGGCUGGAAACCCGGGAAACGAGUGAAAUUUUGGCCCAAGGCAUUAGUGAAUGGAAACAGGUCCCCGCCCUCGAAACUUCGUAA